AUGAGACUGUCCAGAAUGCUGCCCUUAAGCUCAUCAGCCAUUAACAACGGCUCUCAUAUUUCUUCAUCAACUCUGCCCCCAUCCUUCUACUCUCUCACUCCUCGCCAACCCAGCAUUAACCCCAAAAAUCCUGUCACCAGGAAUUUCAUCUCCCUCAACAAAUCAUCGUUUUCUCCCCUCAAAUGUUCAAUCUUCACCAACAAGAAAAACAUGUCCACCGUUUGUAGCUCCAAAUCUGACAAUGGAUCCCACGAUUCCCCUUUCCAGGGAGGUGAAUCAUUUUUCAGGGAAGUGUUGGCAAGUAUGGAGGCUGUCUACUUGAGCAGGAACCCAACAGCAAAAGCAGUGUUGGAGCUCGUUGGGUCGGUUGCUGAUGACCAAAUUUGCUAUGAUCAUUUCGCUUUUAGGACAUUUGGGGUGAAUGGUUAUGGAAUCGACUCCAUGGCUAAAUUUUUCCUGGAUUUCGGGUACACGCCGCGGGAGGAGUUAAGAUUCCCUGCUAAAAAAUUGAGAGCAUUGUGGUUUUCUCCUCCCAGUAUUCCAACUUCUCAUGGUGGCAGUGGUGUUAAUGGACCUUUACCAAGAGUGUUUGUAUCUGAGCUUCUUGUGGAUCAGAUGAGUCCACAAACUCAGGAUAUAAUCAGAAAGUACACUGAAAUUUCUGGUUCUGGAAAUAAACAUGCUGCUCUAGCAAGUGCACUGGGAUCGUUAACGUGGGAAAAGCCAUUGCAUUCUGAAUUUCAACAAUUGGCUAGGGAAAGCGAAUAUGCUGCCUGGACCCUUGUCAAUGGGUAUGCACUAAACCAUGCCACUAUCUCAACUCAUCAGCUGAAAUCUCGAUUGAGAGAUAUUAAAAACCUCAAUCAGUUCAUUGAGAAGAAUGGGUUCAAGUUGAAUUCUGAAGGGGGAACUCUGAAAGUGAGCCCCGAUGGCCUUCUUCAGCAAAGUUCAACGGUCGCAGAUUCAAUUCAUUUCCAAUUUUCUGAUGGUCUAACUGAAUCAGUCCCCUGCUCCUAUAUCGAGUUUGCUGAGCGCCUGGUGCUGCCUCAGUACAGUAAUCUACCCAUUGAAGAGGUCAAAGAGCAUCACAGGCGAGAUGGAUUUGAGGUUGGAAAUGCUGAUAAGAUCUUCGAGAGUACAUCCAAGGAACAGCUGACCAGGAAGGCUGCAUGA